AUGCAUCAUAAGGCUUCGAGCAGAGACACCAACAGCCAGAACUUUCCAAAACUCAAGAGUGUAGAAACUGAUCCAGAUCCUGACAUCUAUGACAUAACAUACGUCGAUGUUUCUCCUUCUGUCGGCUCCACUUCUCCUUUGUCCAAAUCCCCAUGGAUCGCACAUGUCGAUCCCACCGAUCUGGAACCGCCUCAUUCCGGGAUAAAGUCCACGGCCUCCCACACAAGAGAACCUAAAAACUACUCUCCUAACAUCCUCAUGGGCUCUCUAUUCCGUGAAGAAGGCCAUAUAUAUUCUCUAGCCACAUCUGGCGAUCUACUCUACACAGGAUCUGACUCCAAGAACAUUAGGGUUUGGAAAAACCAAACCGAGUUCUCCAGUUUCAAAUCAAACAGCGGUUUGGUGAAAGCCAUUGUCCUAGCAGGAGACAAGAUCUUCACGGGACAUCAAGACGGGAAGAUCCGUGUGUGGAAAGUCUCGUCCAAAGACUCAAACAUCUUUCGUCGUAUUGGUACCAUGCCGGUUUUUCGAGACUACCUCAGAAACUCCAUAACGCCUUCUUCUUACUUCAGUUUCAUGAGAAAGAACCCGACCAGCACCAGCGCUCAAGGGUUCCGACAUGUGGACGCAAUCUCGUGUCUCACGUUGAGCGAAGACAACAAGCUUUUGUAUUCCGGGUCGUGGGAUCAAACGUUUAAAGUAUGGAGGAUCUCGGACCUUAGAUGUUUGGAGUCGGUGAAAGCGCACGAUGACGCUGUAAACGCCGUCGUUUCGGGGUUUGACGGUUUGGUUUUCUCCGGUUCGGCUGACGGUACGGUUAAAGUGUGGAGGAGAGAGGACCAAGCUAAGGAGACGAAACAUUUUUUCUCCGAGACGUUAUUGAAACAAGAUUGCGCCGUUACGGCGAUCGCGGUUGAUCAAAGCGCAACGUUAGUUUACUGCGGUUCAUCUGACGGAACCGUUAACUUUUGGGAAAGGGAUAAUAAUAUGAAAAACGGCGGCGUGUUAAAGGGGCAUAAACUCGCUGUCCUCUGCCUCGUCGCGGCGGGGAACUUGUUGUUUAGUGGUUCGGCUGAUCUUGGGAUUCGCGUUUGGAGGAGACCAGAACGUGGGGAUGGGAGAGGCGGAGACGGAGGAGGAGGAGAGCACGUGUGUAUUGCGGUGUUAAAGGGACAUGCAGGUCCGGUGAAGUGCAUGGCAGUGGAGAGAGAUCAAGAAUCAGCUUCAGGUGAGAAACGGUGGAUUGUGUACAGUGGGAGUUUAGAUAGGUCGGUGAAGAUGUGGCGUGUGUCCGAAAAUUCACCGCCUAUUGAAUACCAGUCAUCGGAUCCGUUUGAUGGUCCAACUGAACUAACGAUGGCUCCUAGCUUCUCGGGUAAAGGGUGA